CACAUCCAAAGAGAAUGCGCAGACCCAACGUUCAGCUAUGAAGACCUUCCAUCCUCUACUUCUAUGUCAUUUUAUCACACUGCUGACUUUUUCAGUUUCUGGAGGAUUUGCAAAUGCUGUCAUCAAGAAACGUUGGGCACGAUGCAAGCCAGAAUGUGAUGAAGAUGUUUCUGCAACAAGAGCGUGCUCUAUUCCUUGCUUUGUCUUCUGCUGUGAACGGCCAGCGCACCAACAGUUUCUCCCCUUCGUAGCUGAUAAAUGUUUGGGCAGAUGCAGGUCAAGGUGUUCCAAUGGUGAAAAUGUACCUUUAAGAAGACCCUGCUCUACUCCUGGUUGCUGUAAGAAGCCAGGCUUGGUCCACACUGCAGGCAAGAAAUGUCGGGGUCAGUGCAAGUCAAAAUGUUCCAGUGGUGAAUAUAUAUCUUCAACAAGAGUCUGCCCUGUCCUUGGCUAUGUCUUCUGCUGUAAACGGGCAGUAAUGUCACAAGGAUUGAUUUCUGCUGCAUCUCUGAAUCUUCGGGGUAGAUGCAAGUCAAGAUGUUCGUAUGGUGAAUUUGUGUCUCCAGCAGUAGUGUGUCCUAUUCCUGGCAACCUAUUCUGCUUUAAAAGGCCAGUGUCCCAAGGAUUGGUUCACAGUGUAGGCAAGAAAUGUCAAUGCAAGUUAGCAUGUGGCAACAGUGAAUAUGCAUCUUCAGCAAGAGCCUGUUCUAAUCCAGACUUUGUCUUCUGCUGCAAAAAGCGAGAUAAAGAGCCUAAACAAUUGACAAAUGCUGCAGCUCAGAAAUGUGUGGGUAGAUGCAAGACAAGAUGUUCCAAGGGUGAAAAGGUGUCUUCAACAUGUUCCUGCUCUAUUCCUGGCUUCGUCUUUUGCUGCCACAAUCCAGUGUCUCAUGGAUUGGUUCACCCUGAAGGCAAGAAAUGUCAUGGUCAAUGCAAAUUAGCAUGUGGCAACACUGAAUAUGCAUCUUCAACAAGAACCUGCUCUAAUCCUGACUUUGUCUUCUGUUGUAAAAAUCGAGUGUCUCAAGGAAUGGUCCACCCUGAAGGCAAGAAAUGUCAUGGUCAAUGCAAGUUAGCAUGCGGCCACAGUGAAUAUGCAUCUUCAACAAGAACCUGCUCUAAUCCUGACUUUGUCUACUGUUGUAAAAAACAAGUGCCCCAAAGAUUGCCUGAACCUGUAGCUAAGCAACCUGAGUGUGUAUGCAAGUUAAGAUGUUCCUAUGAUGAAGAUGCGUAUUCAGAAGCAUUGUGCCUGAUUCCUGGCUUUGUUUUCUGCUGUAAAAUUACGACAGGUUACCACAGACUGUAUCGUGUUGUGCCUGCACUGGCUAAACUGCAUCCACCCAUCUUUUAAAAGUUCGUCUCCACGCUAACCAGAUGUACUUAACAUGUGGGCUGGUGAUUCGGAAGAAUGCUUUGAGCUGCUGAAACGUCUUCCAGCAAUCAAACCACUCGCGAUACUUUGACAUUCUGAACCUAAUAAAACCAAAUUUGAUGUGGAGAUAAA